GUUUUCCUCUUAUUGGUCGAGCCGUAUUCUGAUUUGAGAGACAUAGACGGUUAGUUUGCUCCCAAACCCCGUCAGUCUGUCAGUGGUCUGGUAAUACCAACGCGCCUCCUCGCUGCUCACGCGCUCACGCACACAGAGCAGAGGGUUCCGGUGGCGUGAGCUGGAACAAUCCACUGAUGCCGCUUCUUCAUUUAGGUGCUUAACUGCUCCUUAGAAACGUCGAGGGAAUCUCUUGUCCUCCGACGCUGGGUUUUUUCUUAGUUUUUUGGUUUGCGGGUUUAGACACAGGAUUGUUUUGUGAUGGGUGGUGGAAACGAAUCGUGGAUUUUUUCUCUUUUUAUGGAGACCAAAGUGAGCAGAUUUCCUACUGUUGAAAGCAAGUUUUAUCCUGAUAAGAAGCAAAUGGUGGUACAGAGGAUUCUUUAGGGGCAAAGGAUACUUACUCAAGAGAAUAACACUUUUCACACUACGUUUUCCCGAGAGAAAGAGGGUUUUCUGGUCCGCGACAUUGGAUUUUACAUUUUGUUUGACUGACGCAGCAUCGUUUUGGAGUAUCUUAUUUGGAGAUUCCAGUCAUUUUAUUCUACAUUUUGUGGAAGAAACUAUCUUAAAAAGAAUAAACCCGGACGAGAAGAAGUUAUGGAGAUGCCAAUGAAAUAAAACCUGUUUCUCCAGGUCAAAUGACCGCUUCCACCCGUUCUCCAAUCUGACCACCUUAUUUAUGAAAUGGAAAAACGGGGACUCCACAGCGUCCUUUAUUAUUUCAUUCUGAAUGCGCCCCUGCUAUUCUGUGUAAAUGCCACAUUUACUGAAGUGCCCAAAGAUGUGAGUGUCGGUGAGGGCGAGGACAUAGAGAUGCCGUGCGCUUUUCGAGCCGUCGGAGUCUCGCCGUUCUCUCUGGAGAUUCAGUGGUGGUACCUCAAGGAAGCGGCACCUAAAGAGCUCGUUCACGAACUGCAAAUUAGCGCUCCGGCCAACAGAGCCAAGGUUGCCCACCGGGACGCCACGAAAAUAAGCACGGUGAGGGUCCAGGGCAACGCUAUUUCCCACAAGCUCAGCCUAUCGGGUGUGCGGAAGGAGGACGAGGGAGUGUACGAGUGUCGGGUUUUGGACUUGUACUCUGAUGAGACUCAGGAAUACAAGGUGCAGGCCACUCUUCGCGUGACACCGCGCGAGGGAAUGCUGGCCGAGGAGGCAGUGUCUCACAUCCAGAACCGAUGGCCACUGAGGAACAGCAACACAGCGACGGGUGGACGGGCCACUUCUGAGCCGGGCCAGAGUCAAGGAAAACCCCGCAUGCCUCCGCCGGUUGGAAUAGGACCCGCUCCCCCUUCUACGACUACGACGGUUUCUGCAGACAAGUCGUCAGCUUCGCCUCGGCCGGGCAAUUCAUCUAUCCUGAGACAACAGCACGGAUCCGGUUCCGGAACCAUGGCAAUCACUGAGCCACUCCUUUACAUCACACUGCUGAUCCUGUAUAAGCUCCUCCCCUUCCUGUUUGCCUACUAAGAGACCACAGCCAAACAACACGCAAUGAUUUAACUUUAUGUACCAAACGAACGAAGGGAAAAUAUAGCUACGUAUAUAUAAAUAUAUAUAAAUAUAUCUACCAUUAUGGCACAUCACGGUGAGGGAAGGGAUUUGACUUUGAAGAAAAUAAAAAUAUCAGAAUAAUAAAGAGAAGGUCAUUUUGUUUUCUGGGACUUGUGUAGAAGACCUGUCCAGAUUUGGAUGUAAAAUGGAUUCUAUAAGAAGCAUGAUGAAAAAAAAAAAAAAAAUGUAAAAGGAGUCUAUGUGAAUUAGAUCUUCACAACUGUGUCACACACACAACUGACAUCCAUAAACACUGCAUUCAGUUUCCAAAUACUAGUGUUUGCCUUGCUAAAUGCAUGGCUCUCUUAAUUUAUUAUUUUUAUUAUAAUUAUUAUUUCUGUACUGUUUUUUUUUUUUUUUCUCACUACGGUUUUAAUUUUAGCAUUGCAUUGUUCUUUUUGGAGUAGCUGAUACUGAAUCAUAAACAAAUUGUUCUUUUGACUUUGCGUUGUUGAUGGUUUAUUUAUAAUGUAAUCAAACUUUAAUUUUUGUUUUUUAUUAUUAUUAUUUUUUUUUUUUUUUGCAUGAGCUGUUCAGCUGUCUCAUUUUUCAUUUCAUUAAUGUGAAAGAAGGCGUUCUCUCAUGUCAGUUCUUUCUACAAGACUACAAGUGUGUAAUACUGUGUAUUCAGUUCCCUCACAUCUGAUUCUGAGUUCUCCAGCAUUAUUGUCUCAUAAUGUAUAAAACUGCAACCUUAUAUAUUUUGAUCAAAUAAGGCACAUGUUACCAUAGUUGUUGUUAGUCACCUCUAAUAAUGUUUAUUUUUAUUAAAGGUAUGGUGGUCAAGAUAAGACAUUCAUUUAUAAAAUUAAAAAAGAAAAAAAAAAGACAUUGGUAUGUUGCCAGCACAGUUGAAAUAAAAGUUGUUUCUUUAUAAAAAAAAAAAAAAAACACUAGUUCUUUAGGUUUUUACAU